GGAGCUGUUCAGAGGAUAUUCGUUUCACUCCCUGUGCCAACUCGGACGUUCUCAGACUCAGUGGUUUGUAUGAACAUGAUGCUCAGCUCCGCGGAAAGUGAGCGACUCUGAAGCCUCUCGGUGUCUCUUUUUCUCUCGUUAUUACCGGAUAAAUGCGGCUGCGCGGGAAAUGAACGCGGCCGGUAAACGGCGAGCCGAUCCGCUCGAGCGCCCCGGAAGCCUCUGGCUCCCCACAUGGACAAAAACUGGACUUGCCCUUUUGUAUGAUGAAAAGACCAGUAAUACCUAUGACGUCCGUUUAAAGUUAACUAAAGAGAUAUUGACCAUACAGAAACAGGAUGUGGUCUGCAUAGGUGGUGGUGCACAUCACUUAAAUCACAGAACUGUUGUAAGACAGGCAACUGGAGGUCUUGGUCUGAGCAUCAAAGGAGGAGCUGAGCAUAAAGUGCCUGUGGUCAUUUCGAAGAUUUUCAAAGAUCAAGUAGCUGAUCAGACAGGGAUGCUGUUUAUCGGCGAUGCUGUCUUACAGAUCAAUGGCAUCAAUGUGGAGAAGUGCACGCAUGAAGAAGUUGUUCAUCUCUUGCGAACUGCUGGAGAUGAAGUUACAAUCACUGUGAGGUACCUCAGGGAGGCACCAGCCUUUUUAAAGCUCCCAUUAGGCUCUCCAGGACCAUCCAGUGAUCAGAGUAGCAGAGCAUCUUCACCACUUUUUGACAGUGGUUUACAUUUAAAUGGGAAUUUAAGCAACACAGCGCCGUCUUCACCCUCCUCACCCUCGGCUAAUGAACCAAAGUACGAGAAGCGCUGGCUGGACGCCGUCUCCCUCCCUCUGUCCAUGGCUCGAGUCUCUAAACACAAAGCCGGAAGCGAUAAAUUAAGGUCAAACAGUUUUGAAGUAUUUGCCUUAGAUGGAGCAUGCACCAAUGUUCUACAGUUUUGCACUGCAGCAGAAAGUACAGAUUGGCUUCAAGCAAUAUCAACCAAUAUUAAUGAUCUGACCCAGGAGUGUAUAAAAACUGCAAACAAAUACUAUUCUCCUGAUGAGCAGAUCAUCCAUAUGGGUUGGGUGUGUGAGCACCUUCACAGGAGCAAUGCCAACCAGGUUCAAAGCUACAAGUUCCUAGCAUUGAAAGGCUCCUCUCUCUACAUUCUCAGGGGCCCUCCUGCUGGUGCAUCAGAAUGGGCUCAAGCUGAGGCCACAUUUAACCUCUGUGAGGUUCUCUUUAAGGUUCAUAAGCUGUGGAUAGCUGAGGACUGCUGGAUUCAACCGAAGCUGUGCGUGGGCCUGCAGCAGGACUGUGAGCUGCGGGACAGCGAGGGGUUCAGCUUUAGUGUGCUGGUGGGUCAUGGACAGAGCUACUGCUUCAGUGUGGAGCUGGGUACAGAGCUGGCACUCUGGGAAAAAGCCUUCCAGAGAGCUGUCUUCAUGGAGGUGCAGAGAACAGGGUCAAAAACCUACAUGUGCAGUAGCCAAGGGAAGAUACUGUGCUUUACAGUCGACUUUGAAUCCGGCUUCUCCUGCUCUGAGAGUAUUUCAAAGAAAGUCAUUUGGAGAUAUAAAUUUUCCCAACUGAAGGGUUCCUCAGAUGAUGGAAAGACAAGAGUAAAACUUUUAUUUAAAAAUUCAGAAAACCAACAGAUAGAAAUGAAGGAGCUGGAGUUUGCUAACCUGACAGCUGUUCUUCACUGUAUCCACUCCUUCAUCGCUGCCAAAGUGGCCUCAGUGGAUCCACUCUUUGUCAACAAUCAAAGCAUCACACGAAAAUACAUGUACAACAGCUAGAAACACACGUGUUGUAAGCAACAUGUACCAUCUUGUCUGUGGUUUCAUCUACUAUUU